GAAAAAGAACAAAAACAAAAAACGGGGAAGGAGGAGGCCGUUAACAAAAACAAAAGAUGAGUUGCGGGACAAAGAUUGGCGGGACAGGGAGGAAGAAGAAGAAUUUGGGGAGGAGGAGGCCGUGGCGAUGGAGAAGGACGAGGAGGAAGACAAAGAGGAGGACAACGAAAAAGGAGGAGGAGGAGGAGGAGGGGGAGGUGGAGGAGGAGGAGGAAGAAGAGGUGGAGGAGGAGGCUAUGGAGACGGAGGAGGAGAAGAGAGAGAACUUAGAGGAGGAAGAAGAAGAAGCGGAGGACGAGAAGGAGGACGAUGAGGAGGAGGACGAGGAGUGGGAAGAGGAGGAGGAAGAAGAGGAGGAGGAAGAAGAGGAGGAGGAGGAAGAGGAGGAGGGCCCAACGAUGGAGGAGGAGGAGGAGGAGGCCAUGGCGGCGGAGGAGGACGACGAAGAAGGAUAGGCGGAGGAGGAGGAGGAAGAAGGAGAAGAAGAAGAGGAGGACGAAGAGGCGGCAGCGGCGGCGGUGGCAGCGGGGGGGGAGGUGGAGGAGGAGGGAUGACGAGGAUGGGAAGGAGAAUGAGGAGUAGGAGAAGGAGAAGGAGGAGGAGGAGUGGGAGGGGGCCGAAGUGAUUGGUCACCCGAUCACUCCGCUGACCCUCCCCGCUCUUUGUCCAAUCAAUCAAUCAAUCAAUCAAUCAAUCAAUGAUCG